ACCUGUGGAGGUGCCGGGCGUACGGGAAAAUGGAGUAUAUGGCCGAACCCGCCGACCGGAGCCCUGGGCAUAUCUUGUGUUGUGAAUGUGGUGUCCCAAUUAGUCCAAAUCCUGCCAAUAUAUGUGUGGCCUGUUUGCGAAGUAAAGUGGACAUCAGCCAAGGCAUUCCGAAGCAGGUUUCUAUUUCUUUCUGCAAACAAUGUCAAAGGUAUUUUCAGCCACCAGCAACUUGGGUUCAGUGUGCCUUAGAAUCCAGGGAACUUCUUGCUUUGUGUUUGAAAAAACUCAAAACCCCUCUGAGUAAGGUACGGCUUGUAGAUGCAGGUUUUGUUUGGACUGAGCCCCAUUCUAAGAGACUUAAAGUUAAACUCACUAUCCAGAAAGAGGUGAUGAAUGGUGCUAUUCUUCAGCAAGUAUUUGUGGUGGAUUACGUUGUCCAGUCCCAAAUGUGUGGAGAUUGCCAUCGAGUAGAAGCGAAGGAUUUCUGGAAGUCAAUAGUUCAAGUGAGGCAAAAGACCUUACACAAAAAGACUUUCUACUACCUGGAACAGCUGAUUUUGAAAUAUGCAAUGCAUCAGAACACACUUCGUAUCAAAGAGAUUCAUGAUGGUCUGGAUUUCUAUUAUUCCUCAAAACAACAUGCUCAGAAGAUGGUAGAAUUUCUUCAUUGUACAGUUCCCUGCAGGUCCAAAGCAUCCCAGCGAUUGAUCUCUCAGGAUAUCCACAGUAACACAUACAAUUACAAGAGUACUUUUUCUGUGGAAAUUGUUCCAAUAUGCAAGGAUAAUGUUGUCUGUCUGUCUCCUAAACUGGCACAAAGCCUGGGAAAUAUGAGCCAGAUUUGUGUGUGUAUUCGAGUAACCAGUGCUGUUCACCUUAUAGAUCCCAACACUCUACAAGUUGCUGAUGUUGAUGGGAACACCUUUUGGAGUCAUCCUUUCAAUAGCUUGUGCCAUCCCAAACAGCUGGAGGAAUUUAUUGUGAUGGAAUGUAGUGUCGUACGAAACCUAAAACGCAAUGCAGGUGCUGGAACGAUAUCAAAAAAACACACCCUUGGGGAAGUCUGGGUACAGAAAACCUCUGAAAUGGAUACAGAUAAACAGUACUUUUGUCGCACACAUUUGGGACAUCUUCUAAAUCCUGGAGACCUGGUGCUGGGGUUUGAUUUAGCCAACUGUAACUUGAAUGAUGAGCAUGUCAACAAAAUGAACCCCGAUCGAAUCCCAGAUGUGGUUCUAAUCAAGAAAAGUUAUGACCGCACCAAACGUCAGCGCCGCAGAAACUGGAAACUGAAAGAGCUUGCAAGAGAGAGAGAAAACGUGGACACAGAUGAUGAAAGGCAAUAUCAAGAUUUUCUUGAAGAUCUUGAAGAAGAUGAAACAAUUAGGAAAAAUAUCAAUAUUUACCGAGAUUCUACCAUCCCUGUGGAAAGUGACACGGAUGAUGAAGGAGCACCUCGAAUUAGUCUGGCUGAGAUGCUUGAAGACCUUCACAUUUCCCAGGAUGCUACUGGUGAAGAAGGUGCAUCAAUGAUGACAUCAUGAGAUCAUGCCGUUAACUAUUUACGUCUGUGGAUGUAGAGGAGUAGGGCAAAAUACUUUUUUAAAAUAUUCUAUCUGUGCCCCAUAUUGAAGGAAGAAAAUUUAAUUUUAAAAAUAGGAAUAUUUUGAUUGCUCACUCAAAGCACUGAGAAAGAUCAAUGGCUUUGAAGUUUUAGAUUAUAAAAGAGUAUGGGGAAUUUAAUUAUUACUGGUAUUUAGGUUCCUUCUAAACUGGUAGAGUUUUAUUAUUUUGCCUCUCAUAUGAGGCACUACAGAAUUUUCAUAUACUUUGGUGUUAGAUUUGUAAGUUAUGAUUCUUAGAUGUUAACUAGAUAUUUAAGCAUAAAACAAGCUUGUACAUUCUUUUCACAUUGCUUGCUUUAGUUAAAGAACGUGAAAAUUAUUUUUGUAUGAACUUGUUAACAUUAAAUUAUUCUUAUGUUCUUGGUAAGGAUGUUGAGGUUCAGCUUUUCACUGGGCAUUUAGAAGGGAAAUUAAUCUUUUUUCUUAAAGUUAACAUCUUUAAAUGCUUCGAACUGGGGAUUACCUUAUUUUUACUGUAGUAGAAAGCACAAAAUAUUUAUGGUAUUGAACAAUAUUUAACAUUUAAAUAAAAAAAAUAACUUGCAUGUGCUAGCAGCUCAGUAAAGUAGCUGUUUAUGUUUUAAAAAUAUUCCUGUGAUUUUAAGGAUUCUGGUUAAAUUUAAAUUUAUGCAUUGGAAGGAACUUGCUUUCUCAUUAAACAUUCAUCGUUCAGAAGAAUAAUAGAUUCCAGCAUAUUGACAAACUAAUAUAAAUGAGCCGCUUGCUUUUAAAACCAUGAAUAAAAUUUGAAUACAAAAUUCCUCCCUCAUCCUUGAGAGAAAAUCCCUGAUUUACAUAUUAAAGUGUUACAAAAAUGAAGUAUUAAAAGCUUGUAAUUUUGUAAGGAUGAUUAGGCUCCCCAAUUAAGCCCAAACUUAGAGUUAACUUAUUUAUUCUGUUAUGUUAUGUGCCAUCUAAUUUUUGACUAAGCAACCCCACGUGAGAGAAUUGCACCGCUAGGGUUUUCUAGCUUGUAAUCUUUAUAGAAGCAAAUGACUAGAGCUUUUUCCAGUGAAGCUGCUUGUGGGUUUGAACUGCCAACCUUGUUACAAGUCAAGUGCUUAACCAUUAUGCCCCAAGCUCACUGCCAUUUGAGUCAACUUGGAAUCAUAUCAGCUGUAUAGGACAGAGGCCUGCCCUGCUUCCAUAGAGUUUCCAAGGCUGUAAUUCCGGAAGCAGACAGCCUCAUUUUACUCCCGAGGAGGCACGGAUGAGUUAAGCCACUGAUCUUUCAGUUAGCCAGCUGCUUAAACACUGUGCCACCAGGUUUUGUUUAAAGUUUAGAUAACGUGAUUCUGAAGUUCUGAAUAAAGACUUGAACUCAUUUGUGUGCACACAUGGUGCAAGCUAGGGAGCUAGCGUUAACAUUUUGAUGGCAAACUAGUAGGGGGUUUAUGUUAGUUGUAUAGAGGUGAGCUUGGCCGUGAUAUCUGUCAAGAAUUUUGAAAGUACAGUUCCCUCUAUGUGUCACUGAAGUGACAAGGCUUGUUGAAAAUUUGAACGAAAAAUAAUUGAAGUUUUUCCAUGAAAUUUUUAAAGGCUCCUCUUAUUUAAAUGAAAGUAUCUGAUGCAGUAUUCUAAAGUGGAACUGUUAGUUCUCUCAGGUACUUGUCAUAGGAGUUUUCUGCUAAAUAAAGCUUUCCACCAGUCUAA